AUGAGCAGAAGGUGGAUACAGAACCCAAAUAGAUGCGCAGACGAAUACUUGGAUGGAAUCGAGAAUUUUAUUGAGUUUGCACGUAGACACAACAAGGGUGCAACUAGAAUCUGUUGUCCUUGUAAGAUGUGUAACAACACGUUGUGGGAGACAAUUGAAAAUGUUGGAUUACAUUUAGUAAGGAAUGGAAUGAUUGAGACAUAUAGCAUUUGGAACCUUCACGGGGAACAAUUAGACCAUGCUUCGUCUUCAAAUGCCACAAGAGUGGACAAUGUUGAACCUAUUGUGGAUCAUAAUGAUCAAGUUAUGGAUAUUAUACAGGAUGUUUUUCCAUUUGCAUCGACCAACAUCAAUCAGGACGGGGAAGAUGACGUGCCUACACCAAUAGACAGUGCAGAGUUUGAACAAUAUGAAAAACCAUUAAAAAAUGCCAACCAAGAGUUAUACCCGGGGUGCGAGAGCUUUUCCGUUCUCACGGCCAUUGUGGAGCUAAUGCACGGGAAAAUAAAGUAUCGUAUGUCGAACUUGUGUUUUGAUUACUUUUUGGGGGUUUUCAAGAGAAUGCUUCCGACAGACAAUUGUUGUCCGAAAGAUCAUAAACACUCGCAGAAGGUGUUGAAUAGUCCUGGAUUGGGUUAUGAAAAAAUUCACGCUUGCAAAAACAAUUGCAUGUUAUUCUACAAAGAGCAUGAAACGUUGGAUACAUGCCCUAUAUGCAAUGAGUCGAGGUUCAAAAUAACAUCUCAGAAUAGAACGACUAAGAUCUCACAAAAAGUCAUGCGUUAUCUGCCCCUGAAACCUAGGUUGCAGCGAUUGUAUAUGUCGACGCAUACUGCCUAUAAUAUGAGAUGGCAUAAUGAAAAACGGGUAGACGAUGAUGUGAUGCGGCAUCCUGCAUAUUGGGAGGCAUGGAAAGAGUUCGGUCGAACGUUCCCCGAGUUUGUUGAUGAUCCCCAAAAUGUUAGAUUGGGACUUGCCAUUGAUGGAUUCAAUCUGUAUGGGGUUUUAAACCAACACCACAGCACUUGGCCGAUUUUCAUAUUCCCAUAUAAUUUGCCGCCUUGGAAAUGCAUGAAAAAAGAAUACAUGAUGAUGACUGUUUUGAUAACUGAGGAUCCUAGCAGCUCAAUCGAUGUUUACGUAAGGCUGCUGGUUGAUGAGCUGAAGGAUUUAUGGACAAACGAUGUUCGCACGUACGAUAAAUCAACUGGGAAGAUAUUCACUUUGCGGGCAGUAGUUAUGUGGACUGUGAAUGAUUUUCUAGCAUACGCAAUGGUUUCUAGGUGGAGCAUAAAGGGUUAUAUGGCAUGUCCUGUAUGCAAGGAAGAUGUAACUUCUGGUUGGAUUUUGCUCCGUUCGGGAAAACAGUUAGUCAAACUAGACCUGCUACACAUAUGA